AUGCUGCCCUAUAUUAAUACUCCUUUCGCCGCAGCCGGACAGCUCAUCGGUGCUUCCGCUGACGAAUUGAAACUUAUAACCUCCUUCCUCCUUUCGUACCCACUCGCCGGUAUACUAAAAAGGAUUCCGGACUCUCAACCCUGGAAGAAGAAUGCUUUCAUAAUCGCCGUUUCGUUAUUCUACCUAGUAGGCUUAUUCGACCUCUGGGAUGGAGUGCGGACGCUGCUAUACUGUUCCGCUGGGGCCUAUGCGAUCGCAUACUACGUGGAUGGUUCCAUAAUGCCCUGGAUUGGAUUCGCAUACCUAAUUGGCUACAUGUCAGUCAGCCAUAUAAUACGACAGAUAAUCAACGAUCCAUCCACUAUCGAUGUUACUGGUGCUCAAAUGGUGUUGGUUAUGAAGCUGAGCGCAUUCUGCUGGAACGUACACGACGGCCGUCUACCCGAAAGCCAACUGUCUGAUGCCCAGAAACAUGCAGCCAUCAAGAAAAUGCCUGGUCUCCUCGAUUUUGCCGGAUAUGUUCUUUUCUUUCCGUCCCUACUCGCUGGUCCGGCGUUUGACUAUGUUGAAUAUAGACGAUGGAUCGAGACCACCAUGUUUGAUCUGCCACCAGGAGUAGACCCAUCAAAGGCGCCUCCAACCCGCAAGAAGCGCAAAAUCCCAAGGAGUGGACGCCCUGCUAUGUGGAAAGCAGCCAUGGGACUAGCUUUCGUUGGAGCCUUCGUCGUCUUUGCACCUAUAUAUACCACUAAUCUAUUGUUGAGCGAUGAGUACGCCGGAUAUGGGUUCUUGAGAAGAGUUUGGGUUUUGUAUGUGUUUGGGUUUGCCGCUCGGUUGAAGUACUACGGUGUCUGGGCUUUGGCUGAAGGCGCCUGUAUCCUUUCUGGAAUGGGAUACAAUGGCGUCGACCGGAACACUGGCCAAGUGUACUGGAAUAAGCUAGAGAACGUCAACUCGUGGGGACUGGAAACCGCCCAGAACCCUCAUGCGUUCCUUGCGAACUGGAAUAAGAACACGAACCACUGGCUGCGAAACUACGUUUACCUUCGAGUCACUCCAAAGGGAAAGAAGCCGGGAUUCCGAGCGAGUCUGGCAACGUUUGCAACAAGCGCUGUUUGGCACGGCUUUUACCCUGGUUAUUACCUAACAUUUAUACUCGGCUCUUUUGUUCAAACAAGCGCCAAACAUUUCCGCCGCCACGUCCGCCCCUUUUUCCUAUCCGCUGACGGCACAACUCCAACCCCUUAUAAGAAAUACUACGACGUCGUGAGCUGGCUCGCUACACAACUCACCAUGAGCUUUGUCGUCGCACCAUUCAUUCUCCUCGACUUCGCCGACUGUAUCACCCUCUGGGGCCGCCUCUAUUUCUAUACAAUUAUAGGCAUAAUUGCCACCCUUGUCUUCUUCAACAGCCCAGCUAAAGCUCAACUAACCAGAAUGCUGAACCAACGCAACAAGAAAGCAUCAGGAACAGCGGUGACUGGGAAACCCUCUGAAAGAGAAGCAGCAAAUGAGGCUGCUGCCGCUAAAGCGAGAGCCAAAGCUCAGGCCGAUGCUAAGGAAUUACGCGCUGGAGAAACUCCAUACACGGAACAGCCUCUCGGUUUACCUAAUGAUUUGGCACAGGAUGUUGAAGAUGCCGUGCAUGAGAUGAAGAAGGAGAUUGAAACAAGGAGACGACGAGGAAGUCUGGUUACCAUGCCUACGGGUGCAGAGCUAAGGAUUGCGCUUGAGCAGAAGCUUGGGAAGGCACUUUCAGACAUGCAAUAA